ACAACUCUAGCAUUAUUAUGGAUAGAUUCACGGAACUCAAUGGUCAUAGCGACCAGCUCGCCGCGGCUAUCAAGAGCCUUAUCGAUAACCGUCGAGGAGCCGAUUCUUCCCAUCAGCUGGGGACAAGUGUUGACACUGACAUAGACAAGGAUCAAGCGUUAUUCACAAGAGCAAAGCCAAGUAUUCUUGCCAGUAUUGCAGCAAUCAAGUCUCUAGUUAGUGAACCAGCAGACUUCCUCCAGGAUUUUUCUCGCCAGAUCGAAAUCCUUGCUUGUCUUCGGUGGCUAGCGGAGUUCCAGGUUUUUGCGUGCAUCCCGUUUGACGAAAGCUUGCCUAUCAAGGAUUUAGCGGACCUAGUAGGUGUUCCCGAGAGCCAGUUGGUUCGCGUCAUCCGUCUGACGGCCACAUGCGGAUUUCUGCGGGAACCGAUACCGGGCUUUGUGUCCCACAGCCCCCUCUCGGUGCAAUUCAUAUCCAACCAGUCAUUAGUUGAUGCUACGAUGUUUAUUGCCGAGUUGGCUACUCCCACAGCAUUGCAGAUGCCGCAGGCAACGCAGCGCUUUGGAGCCUCGUCGAGUGCCACCGAGAGGGCAUACAACUUAGCUCUCAAUACGGUGCGACCGUUUCAUGUGGCUAUCCAAGAACGCUCUAAGCUACGUCGUCAAUGGUCUGCUUACCUUUGCCACGCAGCGGGGUUGCACCAGGAGGAAGAAAUUAUUGAAGUGCUAUCGCGGCUCAACUGGUCAAACCUUGGUAAUGCGUGCAUAGUCGAGGUAGGCGCAAAGUCGACCUCGAUGGCAAGUUCUCUUUCCAAAAUGUUCCCAAGCUUGCGGUUGGUCGUGCAAAUCGACAAUACACAAUCUUCUUUGCUAGGUCAAGACUACAUAUGGCAAAAUACAGUGCUGGGAAGCUCUAUCCGGGAUAGCUCUAGCUCUGGCUCUAACCCUUCCCCCACAAACCCUUUUAUCACGGUUACCUAUCGUGCCAUGGGCAUGCCGCAGUCUGUGACAGAUGCUGCUGUUUAUAUUGUUCACGUACCUGCGGCAUCUUCGGGAUUGACGAUUAAAGCAGAACUGGAUGAUUACUUAGGUGUGCUUCGUACCAGCGGGGGCAUCAUGCUUAUCUUGACGACACGACUCCUUCCCGAGCCAGGUACUCUUCCCAACCCCGAGAUCGAGGCUGUGGCACGCGCACGGGACCUGAGCAUGCUCCAAGUGGCCAACGAGAGCGAGAUGGAAAUGACCGAGCUCCUGAGCAUUAUAAAGACGGUUGGGGACAACGCUGGGAAACUCGUUGUCACUAAUCACCUUCGCUCAAACAAUGGCGUCAUCCUAGCUUUAACUAUUAAGUACCAGGCAUAUUAAUUUCGGGCUAUUUGAGUGGAUAGUUGCUUAGAUGGGCAUAAAAUGACAUGGAGCGCAGGGAACCGCAGUGAUAGCUUAUUAGGCUUCGUUUUAAUUCAAGUGACAAUUAAUCCAAUAUGAGAACCGCAAGCAUCUCUAGAUCUGACCAGUAGUGCGGGGUGGCUGUUAUCUUUGAAAACUAUGCAAAUCAUCGUAAAAACAUAGUAGUUCACUAGACCAGUCCCCAAG